AUGUCGGAAACGCUAGUUCCCGAAGCUCAAGCAACCGGGGCUAAGAAGAAAAAGAAAAAAAGAAAAAGAAGACCGGUGGCGCAAAAGGUGGGUGGCAAUGCCAAAGAACAAACUUCGCCACCAUCUAUCCCAGUCGAAGAUCUCUUUCCCAGCAAAAUAUAUCCUGUGGGAGAAAUUCAGGAAUACAGAGACGAUAAUCUUUGGCGUACCACGAGUGAAGAGAAAAGAGCCAACGAGCGCAUGCACGAGGACGAAUACAACACCGUCCGAUUGGCCGCCGAGGUUCAUCGUCAGGUCCGAAAAGAUGCCCAGGAAUUCAUGCAACCCGGUCGCACCAUGGUCGAAAUCUCCGAACGCAUCGAAAACAACGUCCGCCAGCUCAUCAAAGCUAACGGAUUAGAUCAAGGUAUCGCCUUCCCCACGGGAUGUUCUCUAAACCACGUGGCCGCACAUUACACGCCGAAUGCGGGUGACCAAACGGUGCUGCAGUACGACGAUGUUUGCAAGAUAGACUUUGGGACACACAUCGGUGGACAGAUCAUCGACUGUGCAUUCACGUGGCACAAGAACCCCAAGUACGAUACGCUGGUGGAAGCUGUAAAGGACGCUACCAAUACAGGGAUCGCCACGGCGGGUAUAGACGUGCGGCUGUGCGAUGUGGGUGAAGCCGUACAAGAAACCAUGGAGAGUUAUGAGGUGGAAAUAGACGGCACUACAUAUCCAGUCAAACCCAUCAGGAAUCUCAACGGACACUCGAUUGGCAAGUACCAGAUCCACGCAGGCAAGACUGUCCCCAUUGUCAAGGGUGGCGAAGCUACAAAGAUGGAGGAAGGAGAGUUUUUCGCUAUCGAAACCUUUGGAUCCACCGGGCGUGCAUACGUACACGAGGACAUGGAGUGCUCGCACUACAUGAAGAACUUCAAUGCCGGGCACGUGCCCCUAAGAAUGGCCCGAGCCAAGCAGCUACUCAACACUAUUGAUAAAAACUUCGGAACGCUUGCCUUCUGCCGGCGUUAUUUGGAUCGCAUCGGCGAACAACGGUAUCUGAUGGGAUUGAAGAAUCUUGUGGACGUGGGUAUAGUAGAUGCAUACCCUCCACUGGUAGACAGCAAGGGCUCCUACACAGCACAGUUCGAACACACAAUUCUGCUGAGACCAAGCUGUAAGGAAGUGCUGACUCGGGGCGACGACUAUUAA